AUGAUCCUGUUAUGGGUUACACUGCUUGUUCUUCAUCAGGGAUAUACGUUGGUUCCAGUGACCACUGUUCAACUUGGUGAAUCUGCGACUUUCACGUGUGUUUUGCCUAAAGAAGAGUUGAACAGUGUAAUACUCCACUGGUACAAGCAGCGUGCCGGGGAUACUCUGAAAUUAAUUAUGACGCUGUUGAAAUCUGCAAAACCUGAGUAUGCACCAGAGUUUGAAUCUGAAUCAAGAUUCAAGGUAAAUACUGAUAAGAAUAUUAGCAACCUGACCAUUUUGAGGACAAUUCAAGAGGAUGAGGGAAUGUAUCACUGUGCAAUAACAGAUUGGACUGUUCCUGAAUGGAGUGGGACAUAUCUGUUAGUAAGAGGAAACACUCAAAGGACAAUAAACUAUACUGUCAUUAAGGGACAGACAGUAUCUAAUCCAGACCGUCCAGGAGAUUCGAUGACUCUCCAGUGUUCAGUCCUUUCUGACUACGACCACAAGACGUGUCCAGGAGAUCACAGUGUGUACUGGUUCAGAGCCGGAUCAGAUAAAUCUCAUCCAGACAUCAUCUACACGGAUGAAAAUGGACAUGAUGAAUGUGACAAGAGAUCUUACUCGCAGAAAAGCUGCAUUUAUCACUUCUCUAAGAACGUCAGCUCCUCUGAUGAUGGGACUUACUACUGUGCUGUGGCCACAUGUGGGAAGAUAUUAUUUGGAGAUGGAACAAAGCUGGACAUUCAAGGACCGAGUAUUUGGUCAAAAAUGACCAAUUCAAUUAGUUUCCUGCUGUGUGCUGUCUUGGCUAUAAGUCUGAUUGUUAUAGCCUUCCUCAUUUAUGCCAUCAAGACAAGCAAGUCUGAUUGUUCCAACGCUGCUGUCGUCCUGCAACAAAACAGUGGUUAUCAGAAAACUCAACAGAGAAAUAAGGACACAUGGAUUUAUUCUGCUGUCGUCUUUGCCAUGAUGAAAGCUGACGGUGCAAUAAAGGAUGCAAAAACAGCAGAGAAAGAGAGGAUCUAUGCUGCUGUCAAAGCUUUUGGGUUGGAUUAGUAAGCUAACAGCUGCUCCAGCCAGACACAACCAAACCUACACAGAGGCUAU